UAGUUUUGAAAGCUCGGCUGUUUAACUGUAAGAUUGAAGCUUAUGUUUCAGGAUUUACCAUAUAUCCAAUUUAUUCACUAGCCAUGAAAGAUCCUUGUACCUUCCCAGUUUUUUCUACGUUCUUAACAGCACUACUUACUGUCAGGUCGUCUGCUCAAACAACAUGCGAUAUUCCCGUGAUACCUCCUAGCGACAGCUUAUCCACCUCGCGCUACCCCAGAGAAGCAAUCACUCUGGAAUGUCACCCCUCCUCUCAUGAUAGCAUGGAAUGGUUCUUCCGCCCUGACAAUCAGACUGCCCUUCAUCCAUUUCCUUUUGGCUGGUGUCAGAAUAACCCGAAAGGCCCAUCUUGUACACUGUAUAAUAAGAACACCUCUUUAAAUAUCGAAAUGAUUAGCAAGGAGGCUAACGGAGAAUUCCUAUGUGUCGCUUCAUGCAGUAGGACUGGAAGGAACACUUCAGCAACCAUUAUCCUUUAUGUUGAAGGUAUCACUUUUGGCAAUUUGCAUUUUUUACAUGAAGAACAUCAAACAGAAAUACUCAUGAUUUAUGCCACACUAGAGUCCAUAUUAUUUUGCAUUCAAUAUUCUGAUCAUGAAUCGGUGUACAAAUACAAAUACAAAUACUUUAUUGGCACAAACACAAUUACAAUAAUUGGCAAAGGCCCACUGAACACCAUUAAAUAA